AAAACGGUCCGUGUUCUUCUUCUGCCAAGCGAACAAGCAGACCAUCUUCUUCAAGUCCAUUGAACCAGGAAAGCUACAUUGGGCGACGGUCUUGCAGAGUCCGAGGGUGAAAGAGAUAUGAAGCUGACAUGGAAAAAGGAGAAGAACGUCAAGAAGCGGCCUCUUGGAGCUGUAUCACAGUACCCAAACCUCCCGUUUGAACAACAAAACAACCAAUUUGAUACAGAGCUUCGCAGUAGGGGAGAACCUGGAGCUCAUGAGAAGCAAGCGUUUGCCUCUGGUGAAUCUUCUGGCCCCGACACCAAACAACUCGCCAAGUCUUUUCGAGAACAAGGGGACAAGCUCGCCGAGGAAGGGAAAUACAGUGAAGCACUUGGGAAGUGGGAGGCUGCUCUUAAUUUGAUGCCUGAUACUGCAGCUUUGCAUGAACAAAAAGCCCAAGUUUUACUUGAAAUUGGAGAUGCGUGGAGUGCUUUGAAAGCAGCAACUAGAGCUACUGAGUUGGAACCAUCAUGGGCUGAGGCAUGGACCACCCUUGGAAGAUCACAGUUAAACUUUGGAGAACCCGAUAGUGCUAUUGAUAGCUUCGAUAGAGCUUUAGCGUUAAAGCCUGAUUCUAAAGAGGCUAAAGAGGACAGACAGUCUGCAACGCAUCUUAUAAAGCGACGAAAGCAGCUUCAUUCAUCAGGCCUGAGUUCUGAUAACAAUCGCUUUAUGGUGGGUGAUAAGACUGUAAACUCUUAGAGAUAUUCAAAGAAUAGAUCCGUACCCAUGUGUGAUCGUGAUUCAUGGGGUUGGUGCAAUGGAGCAUUUACCAGUUGGCUUAGAAUCUUAGAUGGCGUUGCCAUAAUUGAAACGCGUUUGCGUUUGCUCUUGCUCAUUAUACAUAAAUCAGAAUGGAGCCUGUGGACAACAGACAGAUUUGAUUUGAGACUUUCUGAUCUGGCCAUAUCCUUUAUGGGAAGAGUAGAAUUUGAACUUAUUACUUGGCUCUUUAAGGUUUGAUCAUGUUAAUGUUUCUGUGAAGAUUGUGUGUCAAGUAGGCUACGAUACCGUGUAAAUUUUAAAAGCAGACUGUUUUGGCUUA